AAGUCCUUUUACUUUAAACAGCAUGAAGCACAGCACCUUAAUUAUAAAAUAUAUAACUCUAGUUUUCUUUCUAAAGCUCUAUAUUAUAUGUGCUCGGGCAGUAUACCAAGCCGAUUAUAUAAUAGUUGGCGCAGGAACAGCAGGAUCAGUUUUAGCCAAUAGACUUUCCGAACCACCGCAUGUUACAGUUCUUGUGUUAGAAGCAGGAGAUAUGGCUCCUCUAACCUCUGAGAUUCCACUUAUUCCUGUAAAUUUAGCUUUUACAAAUUACAGUUGGCAAUUUAAAAGUGUACCCAGUAAAACCAUAGCUCAAGGUCUUAAAAACAGACAACUGUUAACUGUGGAAGGUAAAGCGCUUGGGGGAACCACAGUUUUAAAUUUUAACUUAUUUGUGCGUGGAGAUUACGACAAUUGGGCAAGACAUGGUGCCAUAGGUUGGGAUUGGAAAAGUGUCUAUCCUUAUUUUCUAAAACUGGAAAACAAUCGAGAAUAUUGCAAUGUAUAUCACGGUGUUGGUGGAAACGUUAUUGUGCAGACACCACCUUUCCAUGCACCAAUAACGAAAGGUUAUUUAGAAGCAGCCAUAGAAAUUGGAUAUACUCCUGGAGACUUUAAUGCAAAGAAUCAAACAGUGUUUCAACCUCCUCAAGGAACUGUUAAUAGAGGAGCACGCUGGAGUGCAGUUAAAGCAUAUAUUAAUCCUGCACGAGGUCGAAGAAAUCUUUGGAUCUUAACUUCAGCAUUUGUUCACAAGAUAUUGAUCCGGAAUAAACAAGCUUACGGAGUUAAGUUCGAGCACUGUGGACAGUUGCACGAAGCUUAUGCUAAUAAAGAAGUGAUUAUAUGUGCUGGGGUAUUUAACUCACCUAAACUCUUAAUGCUAUCAGGAAUUGGGCCAAAGAGUACUUUACGGAAGUUCAAUAUUCCUGUUGUAGCGGAUUUACCAGUUGGAAGAAAUCUUCAAGAACAGCCAUCUACUUUUGGUAUGGCAUUUGGAGCAAACACUUUUACUUAUUCUGCACGACGGAUCACACUAAUGGACUUUAAUGAAUUCUUAGUCAAUGGCACUGGUCCACUGACAUCUUUGGGAGGAGUUGACACGAUAGGAUUUGUAAAUUCUAAAUAUAAUAACGAUCCUGAUUGGCCAAAUAUCGAAUUAUUGCUGUUUUCUUUAUCAGGUGCAGUUAAAAGCACAGGUUUAGGAUCCGUGUUUAAUCUAAACGAUGAAGUGUAUAAGACAAUCUUCGAACCAUUUACAUCGAUUGACACAAUAUCGUGUUUUCCAUAUCCAACACGUCCAAGAAGUAGAGGAUAUGUUACUAUCAGAUCUCGUAAUCCUUGUGAUGAUCCUAUUAUUGAUUUCAAAUUUUAUUCGAAUCCUCACGACUUAAAAGUUAUGGUCGAAGAUCGACUUUGGUGGGAGCUCCUUGAUGUCGACGAACGGGCGCUGACUUGUGUUCCAGGCUUGACAGGAGAGUGUCCGUUGCACAGGAGCCUCUGUCCGGUAAUGCGGAUGCACGGAGAUUUUGGUCACUGGUGGAGAACCUGGGUCCGAGUGGAGAACUGCGGAGAAUCGGCUGGGAGUUUCUCUUCGGAGAGAAGCGGCUGA